GAGAGAACUAAAGUAGAAUAUACAAAGAUUUUAUACACAAAAAUAUAUUCUGUCUUGGUGAUUGGCCUUUGCUCAACUUUGAUUUUAUCUUUAUGUAAUUAAUGUAAGAUAUCAGUUGACCCUAUGUUUCCUUCUUGUGCCCCGUAGAAUAAACAAUUUCGGAAUACUAAAUAUCAUACACACGCAUUUUCAGGCAAGACUAGAUAUAAUUAAAUACUAUUACCUUAGUUACACUUUCCUUAGUUAAACAAGAACAAAGUGUAUAUAAAAACAUGUUGAUUUGCUCUACUUGUUACAGAAGCAUUAAUCAAGCAAAAAGGAGAAGAAAAAAAAUGCUAGCAGCUCCUCCUCCAAUGGAUUUCUCUGUCGACAUGGUUAGCUAAAGUGAAUACAGAAUAUUCUUAGAUUUAAUCGAUUUAACUAUUAUUGUAUCCUCUUUUUUACUUUGAUUACUCUUUUUUUUUUUGCAGAGCUGUGAUAUAAAAGUGAAUAAUAGCUGCGAGCUUUGCCAUCGAAAAGUGGAUGAAGUUAUGCAGUCUCUCACCGCAUUUUACUCUGUGACUUAUCUUGGAGAAAACAACACAAUUAAGCUCAAGGCGAGAGCUAACCCUAAUGUGAUUAUGUGGAUCAGUCACAAGUACGGCGAUCACGGCAAGAUCUCCAACUUCCAUAUGAACGGCCAACCCGUCACCCCUCAACCUGGCGGCGGCGGUUAUUACGGUCCAUCAGGCUAUAACCUUCCUUCUAACACCUCCGGUUAUUAUCCAUACCCUCCGCCGCCGCAGUUUCUAGCCGGGAACUAUGGUUACCCUAUGCCUAAUCCACCGCCACCGCAGAAGGAGAGUACUCCACAGGGGAUAUAUAAGCAGCAUACAGCGCCGCCGUCUUAUGUUAUGCAGCCGCCACCGCCAAUGCCGUUGUCUAGUUACUCUUACAUUGAACCUCCGUAUUGGCCGAUGAGUGGGAGGUGAGUGAGCGAUUGUGUGAUAGCGUGGCGAAGAAGGAAGCUUCUUCUUUUGUCUCAAACGCUGCGUUUUGGUUUAUGGUUGUGAUCGCUGUUUUUUUAAAAUGCGAUUGCGUUAUAGACGCGAAUUCUGAUUUUGUUUGACCAACAGUUAUUAAGACAAAUUAAUUGUUGAUUAUUUGAAGGGGCACUCGGUUUGAAGCAGAAUAAAGUUUUUUAGAUUGUGGUCUCAACACCUUUAGAGAACUAAGAAUAAAGUUUAUGAUUUGAUUUGAUUUGAUUAGUAAUGGCUUUAGUUUAUCAAGUUAACUUUAUUAUUAUUUGCAAGUAGGCAAGCAAGAUUGGGCGAGUGAUAACAAUAAGUAUGUCUUCAUAGGAAUGUUGCUGCUUCAUUGUUUUUUUUUCUGACUAGUCUGUUUGUUUGUUAUAAGAGAAUAGAAACCAUGGAGUUGGCAUAUUUAUCAUGGCAUACUCAUCAACUCCUUGAUGUGUCAUGAUAAACCCUUUGAACAAGUUGCACUAGUUGUUUAACUUCUAGUCUCCUAGGAGCACUUCAUUACCUUACGUCCACCAUAGCCAAUCUUUCAUAGAGUCGUGCCACUAUGACUAAUUUAUGAGUGAUCCAAAAGAGUCUUACAUCUUGGAGCUUUAAU